GAGUAUGAUAAAAAAAGAAACAAACGCAGAAAGAAUUAAUGCGUACACCAAUCUAUCGUUUACUUUUUUCACAAACUCAUUCAUAGAAGAUGUUGGAAUGCAAGGCAUCAGAUAUGUGUUCAGAAGAAACGCUAGCUGGUAUAGAAGAUUGAUUUGGUUGAUUGUAUUGUUGGCAUCGGUAACGUAUUCUCUUUACAUCAGUAUAAACAAUCUACUUGAUUAUCAAAAAUUUCCAACUUCAACAAAACUAGAACUACAUUUCGUUGACAAGAUGGAAUUUCCAGCUGUAACUAUUUGCAAUUACAAUGUUUAUCAACGAAGUAAAAUGACAGCGAAGGAAAAUAUGAUGCUUUCGGACAUGUAUCAACCAUAUGUUAUCUUCCGAAGAAAUGAAGAUAAAAAACCAUCGAGAUGGGAUGCUUUUGACAUGGAUGACUUUGCAAAUAGGACUUCGUUCGACUAUGCAAGCCAUAUGGGAAUGUGAGUUGAUAUUAUAGGAUUUUUAUACAAGGAAAGGAAACGUGAAAAGAUGGCUUAAUCAUAUGGCAAACCAUGUCCUCUAGUCCAGUUACUAGUCUAUGUC